AACCAAGAAACAAGAUGAUCAACUCUCCCAAUCUCAAUAGAUAACAUGCGCGCAAAUUCCCUCGUAUUCUCAGCAAGACAAAACUUCAUUGUUCCACAACCAAAUUUCCAACUCUGAGCUGUCCCAAGAAUCCCAAUGGAAUAUCUACAAAUACCUCCAAACAAAUCACUAUAUCCCUAACCCUAAUUAAACUUCAUUUCCAAAACAAUGCUCUCAUCACUCAAUCCACAAUGCACAUUCCAAAUCUCUCCAGUUGCCUACUUUUGGCCGUCGUCUUGGGCACGGCCUCAUGCAACGCCAAAGAGGAAUCUGCAGGCGGCUCCUCAGAUCUCGUAGCCAUUCUAGUGGUGGCCAACGUGAUCGUGCUCGUCGUCAUCCUCUUCCUCCUCAUCAUAUACUACAAAAAGUACACCAAGCUGAAGCGAGCCACGAAGGAGCACGACAUGGCGCCUCGAGACAGAGAGCACGACAGCACGAUCUUGGAAAGAAAGAGAUCAAGCCCCGGUGGCGGAGGGAAGGGGAAGCUGGUGUUCGUGGGCGACGGAGGUGAGCCCGAGUUCAAUCUCGACGAUCUGCUGAGGGCUUCGGCGGAGGGAUUGGGGAAAGGCAACUUCGGCAGCUGUUACAAGGCCGUGAUGGAGAUCGGGCAGGCGGUGGUGGUGAAGCGCCUCCUUGAUUUGAGGCCUUUGAGCGGUGAAGAAUUUGUGAGACAUGUGAGAGCCAUUGCUGCUCUCAACCACCCCAAUUUGUUGCCUCUUCUCGCCUACUAUCACUCCAAGGGUGAAGAGAGGCUUUUUCUCUACCGUUUUGCUACACAUGGGAAUCUCUUCAAUCGACUUCAUGGAGGGCGGGGCACGAGAGAGCGGGUCCUGUUCCGGUGGAGCUCGCGGCUGGCGGCCGCACGCGGCGUGGCGAGGGCACUGGAGCACCUCCACCGCCACAGCAGGAGCGAGGCCACGGCGCCUCACGGCAACCUCAAGUCCUCGAACGUGCUGCUGGACGAGAACGAGGAGCCGCUGGUGUGCGACUACGGGCUGGUGCCGCUGGCUGCGCCGCCGGUGGCGGCCCAGCGCAUGGUCUGCUACAAGACCCCCGAGUACCAGUCGCGGAAGAGCAUCUCCAAGAAAUCCGACGUCUGGAGCUACGGCUGCCUCGUCUUCGAGCUCCUCACCGGGCGGAUUCCAGCGCACUCGGCGCCGCCGGGGACCAACGGCGUUGACCUCUGCGGCUGGGUCAACAGGGCGGUGAGGGAGGAGUGGACGGCAGAGAUAUUCGACCCAGAGAUCGUGGUGAAUAGGGGCGCCAACCAGUCGAUGCUGAGGCUGAUGCAGAUCGCCAUGAAGUGCUGCGAUAAGUUGCCGGAGAACCGGCCGGAGAUGGCGCAGGUGGUGGCGGAGGUGGACAAGGUGGGCGCCGCCAUUGAUUCCGAAGACGAGGAGCUCGCUUAUUCUUCGCCGCUCACCGAUGACUCCUACUCGCUUAAAACAAUCUAGUUCAUCAUUAUUUGUACCCCAUUUUCUCUCUUUAGAUAUUUUCAAAUAAUAUUAAAAAAAAAUGAUAAAGGAUUAAGAAAAAAGUCAAUUAGUGUAUAAAGUGAGUUGAUUGAAAAUAUUUAAGAAAAAUAUUUUAAGUGAGUUGUUGUAU